AUGGAAAAUCAAGAUAUCAAUUUAAUUAUCAGCAAGUAUUUAGCCAGCCCACACAACUCGCUUGACCAAAUAAAUUUCUGCACUGAGCAGUCAGAAAUACCAAAAGUUGAGGAAUAUGAAAAGAUUGAUCAAUGCUUGCAAACUUUUAGCUCAGAUAAUAGUAAAGAUAAAGAGAGAAAUUUAGAUGAAAAACAUCAAAAACUGAGGAAAAAUGAAUCAGAAUUAAUUGAUGAAAAUACUUUGACAUGAAGAAGGCAGAACAAAGAAUAUGUUGAAGAAUUAUUGAAAGAACUUAUUGCUGAAAAUAAAACACUUAAAAAAUUGAGAGAUACAUGGGAAAGUGAGUUUCAAAGGCAGCAAAACCAAUUAAAAACAGUUGAAAUUAAAAUGCAAAAAAGUAUAAAUUCUUUAAAAUCUGACAAAAUGAGCUUGCUAAUCCGCAUUGAAAAUUUAGAAAAAGAGAUUUGUUCUAAAAAUAAUGAAAUAGAAAGAUUAAAACUCACAGUAAAUGAUGCUGAAAGCUAUAAAAAUGCUAUUAAAGAAGAGCUUGAUGCAGAGAAGAGAAACGCAAUUUCAUUAUGUGAAGAAAUUAAAGAUUUAAAGAAAAGCAUAAGCGAUCAAAAAGAUUGAUAUGAUGCCCGAGCCCAUCAAUUAGAAAUUGGAUUUUCAAAUAAAAUAUCCCAGUUAUUAUCACAGCUAGGAGAGCUAGAAAAUAUAAACAGAGCAUUAAAAGAAAACGCAAAAGUAAAAGAUGAAAGCAUAGACUGCUUAAAUAGCGAGAUCAGCAGUCUUCAUAGUGCAAUUAAAGCAAUCCAAGAAAACCAAAUUGAUUAUGCAAAAAAUGAGUAUGCUAGACAUCAUACGGAAAAGAAAUCUAGUAGCCAUAAGCAUAAGCAUUCAAAAACUUCUCAUCAUAAUUCAUAUUCUGCUCCUCAUCCAAAUUCCACCAGUGGCUCAAAACCUAAAGGGAAUUUACCGAUUGCAUCCCCAAAACACCAACAAAGUCAAGAAAAGAAAUUUUUAUCCGCCUCAAUUACAAAAUUAGAAAAUGAAUUAAAUAAUUUAGGCUUAAAGCACAAAAAAUUAUUUGAGCUCUCUAAUGACAGUGCAAGCAGUCUAAUUGAAAUGAGAAGAGAUUUAGAUACCCUUGCUUCAACUAUGAACAAGGAAAAGAAAGAGCUCCAUAGCCUGAAACUAUUAUUCAAAGACGAUAAUUUUAAGAAGAGCUUGAAAUAA